AUGACGUCGGAGCGUUCUCGAAUCCCGUGUCUCUCGGCUGCUGCUGCCGAAGGAACAGGGAAAAAGCAACAAGAAGGAAGAGCAAUGGCGACACUGGAUCGCAAAGUGCCCAGUCCGGAGGCGUUUCUGGGCAAACCCUGGUCCUCCUGGAUCGACGCCGCCAAAUUACACUGCUCCGACAAUGUAGAUUUAGAAGAGGCUGGAAAAGAGGGUGGAAAAAGCAGGGAGGUUAUGAGGCUUAAUAAAGAAGAUAUGCACUUGUUUGGCCACUACCCAGCACACGACGACUUCUACCUCGUGGUGUGCAGUGCCUGUAACCAGGUCGUCAAGCCGCAGGUCUUCCAGUCCCACUGCGAGAGAAGACACGGUUCAAUGUGUAGACCUUCUCCCUCUCCGGCGUCGCCACCCUCCAAUGCCCGGACAUCACUAGUACAGGUGAAAACAAAAGCCUGUCUCAGCGGCCAUACCUCUGCCAGCAGCUCCUCAAAGCCAUUCAAAACGCCCAAAGACAAUCUCCUAACCUCCAGCAGCAAACAGCACACAAUCUUUUCAGCGAAGGGAUCAAGGGACAAAGCAUGUGUUCCGGUUCCCGUAGUCAGUUUAGAGAAAAUUCCUAACCUAGUGAAGGCAGAUGGUGCCAAUGUCAAAAUGAACUCUACAACCACUACUGCAGUCACCUCCUGCUCCACCUCGUCCUCUGCCGUCUCCACCCCACCUGUAAUUAAGCCGGUCUUGAUGUCCAAGUCAGUGCCACCUUCCCCAGAGAAGAUCUUAAAUGGCAAAGGAAUUUUGUCUGCCACCAUAGACAAGAAGCACCAAAAUGGCACCAAAAACAACAACAAGCCUUACAGGAGACUUUCAGAGAGAGAAUUUGACCCAAAUAAACACUGUGGAGUAUUGGAUCCCGAGACAAAGAAACCUUGCACAAGAUCCCUCACCUGCAAGACUCAUUCGCUAAGCCAUCGGAGGGCAGUCCCAGGCCGGAAAAAGCAAUUUGACCUCCUUCUGGCGGAACACAAAGCCAAGUCCCGGGAAAAAGAAGUUAAAGAUAAAGAGCAUCUCCUGACUUCGGCAAGGGAAGUACUUCCAAACCCAUCCGGGCCAGCGCAGGACUCGCUGCCGGGAUCUUCAGGGAGCUUGGGCCCAGAACCUAAAGUCGCGUCCCCUGCGAAGUCCAGGCCACCUAACUCUGUGCUUCCUAGACCAUCAUCUGCAAAUAGCAUAAGCAGCAGCACAUCUUCAAAUCACAGUGGCUACACUCCGGAACCCCUUCUACCCCCAGUUGGAGGUGACCUCGCCAGCCGACUGUCAAGUGAUGAAGGGGAGAUGGACGGAGCCGACGAAUCCGAGAAGUUAUUAGACUGUCAUUUCUCCACCCACCACCCCAGACCUCUUGCGUUUUGCUCAUUCGGGAGUCGCCUCAUGGGACGAGGGUACUAUGUGUUUGAUAGAAGAUGGGACCGUUUUCGAUUCGCACUAAACUCCAUGGUAGAAAAACACUUGAAUUCACAGAUGUGGAAGAAGAUCCCUCCUGCGGCAGACAGCCCCGUGCCCUCGCCAGCAGCCCACAUCUCCGCCCCUGUUCCAGCAUCCGUUCUACAGCCUUUCAGCAACCCCAGUGCUGUGUAUCUUCCUUCAGCUCCCAUCAGCUCGAGACUCACCUCUUCUUACAUAAUGACAUCAGCCAUGCUCUCAAAUGCAGCUUUUGUGACAUCGCCGGACCCGAGCGCCCUCAUGUCACACACCACAGCUUUCCCUCAUGUGGCCGCAACCCUCAGCAUCAUGGACUCAACCUUCAAGGCCCCAUCCGCCGUGUCCCCGAUACCAGCUGUCAUCCCUUCCCCAUCCCACAAGCCAUCCAAAACCAAAACCAGCAAAUCCUCAAAAGUCAAAGACCUGUCCGCCCGUAGCGACGAGUCUCCAAGUAACAAAAAGAGGAAGCCGCAGUCUUCGACUUCCGCCUCUUCCUCCUCCUCCUCCUCCUCCUCCUUGUCCCUGCAGACGUCCCUCUCGUCCCCAUUAUCAGGGCCCCACAAAAAGAACUGUGUUUUGAAUGCCAGUUCAGCUUUGAACUCCUAUCAGGCAGCCCCUCCCUAUAACAGUCUGUCUGUGCACAACUCAAACAAUGGGGUGAGCCCACUCAGUGCCAAACUGGACCCCUCAGGACGGACCUCGCUGCCCGGCGGCCCUACGGACCUAGUGAGACACAUGGGCUCGGGGGGCGGCAGCAGUGACUCCUGUCCCCUCUCUGUGCCCUCCCUUGCAGGGGACCUCUCUCUGGCCUCACACAAUGCCGUGUCUUCUCUGCCCCUCUCUUUUGACAAAUCAGAAGGAAAAAAGCGUAAGAACUCAAGUUCUAGUAGCAAAGCCUGUAAAAUCACUAAAAUGCCUGGAAUGAAUAGCGUUCACAGAAAGAACCCACCCAGCCUUCUCGCACCGGUGCCCGAUCCUGUUAACAGCACCUCCUCUCGGCAGGUUGGGAAAAAUAGCAGCCUAGCUUUGUCACAAUCCAGUCCUUCAAGCAUAUCCAGCCCAGGACACAGCCGACAGACCACAAACAGAACGGGCAGGAUAAGGACUCUUCCAUAACAAGACUAUGAAGCCACUUCCAAACCAAUGCCUGGCCACGGGACCUCCCCCCAGGAGGCCAAGGCCAGGGGAGGGAGGGGAGUGGGCAGUGGGGAAGAGUCUGUUUCCUGUGCCCUGCCUGUGGCUCUGGCCUUUCUUCUUCUUUUUUUAAUUGACCAAUUUUUAGUUUUGAGGAAAAAGAAAAAGGCAAAAAGAACGUGAAUUUGAGAUUUACAGAAAACAAUACCAGUGUUUGGUUUCCGUUCUUUAACUUGCCACGUGUAUACCUUCUUCCAAGUUUGGGGUCCCUCCUCUAGCUUCUGAUGCUGCUACUGCAUCAUUUUGCUCCAGCCACAAGAGCAGACAUUGUAGAAUGUCCGUUCCUGGUUGGCAUCGUCUGGAACUCUUGAACUUGAGCAUGUGCAGUGCUCCUUUCCUUGCCCUCUCCCAUCCUUCCCUUCUGUCCCCUCCUACCUGCCACUCUCUGGGUCCCCACUGACCAUCAGAGGUGCGGGCUCUCAAAAGCUCCCUCUAGACAGCCUGCUGCAUCGGGGGCGGUUACUGGGGAGCAGCCCGUGUUUGGGGAGCCUAGAGCAGAGAGCUGGAGGGUGGACGAGGGCCCUCAUCAGGUUUCUAGGACGCACCAGCACAGAGGAGCCAGAUGCAGAGUUGAGAACAGCAGCCAUUUAAUGAUGGGGCUUACUCAGUACCACUAUCCAGCUGUGCAGCUCGGAGAGGAUGUCCUGGGUUAGGGACAGGGGCAGGAAUGGACCCGGGAGGUGGCAGGAAGAAGGGCCUGGGGGUAGGAGGAGAUAUCCUCAAAAGAUGGUGGGAACUGGGUGACUGUGAUCAUCUGAGCGUGUUAGGAAUCCAUGCUGCAAAAUCCCUUCCAGGGCACCGUGUACAAGGGCGCAAAGCUGGGCGAGUCACGGGGAGGAAUCCCAGGGAAUAGGGCACAAGACCUCAGGAAGCCACUCAGGAAGAGGCACAGUGCCCACCGCUGUGGAAGGUCUCAAGCUGCCCUCCGGGGCGCUGCCAGAGGAGAAAAAGCAGAGCCGGAAGGAAAGGCCUGAGGGAAAGCUGCCAUGGAGGGUUAAUUGCCCAACGGCUGGUGAUUGGUGAGAAUAAUUACUAGCAUUGCCCAGCCACCUCCAUGCCCUGGGCCCGAGGGCCCCGUGGACUCAGCACACCCAUAGAUCAGCUCAUGCUAGGUUGUCAGAGGCCACCACUCUGAUACAGCCAACCCAGGAAGGAGUGGUAAGGCAACUGCUUAUGGAGAAGAGCCAUUUGGAAGAUCCGGAAGGGAGAAGCUGGAGGCCUGCAGCUAUAAAAACUGUUCACACUGGAGUUUUGAAAGAAACCAAUACCAUAAGCUCUAAUUGGGAAUCAUAGUCAAGAAAGGAAUUCACCAUAUAAAAUAAGUGUUCUGUGCUAUGAAUCAUGUAACUUUGUAUACAGUAUAAUGGCAGAGAUACCAGGAGGUUUUGCUUCAUCCCUAAGUCAGAAAUGAAUGCCAGUUUUGCAGCUGGACAUAAACCCUCAUCCCCACCCUGAAGUUCUCCUUUUCUUUCCCAUUCCCCCCAAACCCAAGGAUCAGACUACUGUUAAAUUUCACCGUAUGAUUGGAUUUUGCAAAGACGGGAGGCAAAUGGAGUGAUUUGCAUCAAUGGAAUUGCACUGACAGUGUUUCUUAAUAGGAUUACUAAAAUUUUUAAUAUAAAAUGAAGAUUUUUUUAAAAAUCAGGAGUUGAUAUUAGGUACUAGGACAUUAGUUCAGAUGAUUUCAUUUUUAUUUCUACAGUGUUAAAAGUGCACUUAUAUGCUGGUUUAUUUCCGUCUUGGGAAAAAGAGACUGCAAAUUGAAGGGAAGAUUGUUACUUUUUCUUUUUUUAAAAAAAAAAAGGUUAAGGCAGAU